UAAAGCCUUUCUAUUAGAAAUACGUAACGUCAUAAAAGGUAUACGGACAUGAGGCGUACUUGCGAAGCACUGUAAAGCUAUUUCCAUAUGGAAUAUAAACUCGGAAUACAAGUGUUUCUCCUAUUGUUUUGGAGAUCGGCUUUAGAUGCACCGGUGUCGGAGAAUGACGGAGGCUGGUCGUCAAAUUCAGAAUACAGUUUGACUGAUGAGGGUCCUUGCAACAUUGACAUCUGGGACAAAGCUUCGUUAUCACAUCGCCAGUUUAUCCAACAAUAUGCCUACUCCAAACCAGUCAUCCUGAAAGGUUUCUCUGACAAUACGAAAUUCCAGUUCUUGUGCUCCAAGUCGAGCCUGCUGCAGCAGUAUGGAGAGAGGAUGGUGAGGCUCAGUACUGCCAACACCUACUCUUACAGGAAAGUGGAUGUCCGGUUUGAGGAGUUUGUGGACUUGCUGCUGAGGCCUCAGUCUUUGGACACACUGGGCAGUGACACUCUGUAUUUCUUUGGGGACAACAACUUCACGGAGUGGCACUCUCUGUUUGAGAACUACAAGGCACCACGCUACAUGCUGCCUCACACCACGGGGGCCUACAGCUUUGGGAUCGCAGAUUUGAAGUGGAUUUACCAAGUGACAUCAAUAAGGGAUCAUAGCUUUCACCUGGUCAGUUCGUCAUGGAAAGAGCAGGCCCGGGAACCGGUGUGCCCUUCCAUUGGCAUGGACCUGGCUACUCUGAGGUCAUCUAUGGCAGGAAGCGCUGGUUCCUGUACCCCCCGGACAAGGCGCCCCAUUUCCACCCCAACUACACCACCCUGUCCUGGGUCAAAGACACAUACCCUUACCUGCUUGAGGAGAAGCCCAUAGAGUGCACCAUCCGGCCAGGAGAGGUGCUGUAUUUCCCUGACCGCUGGUGGCACGCCACGCUCAAUCUGGACACCAGUGUCUUCAUAUCCACCUUCCUGGGCUGACCCCUGACCCUGCAACAGACUAAGGGUCAUUGCCCCGUGACCAAAGCCCUCUUAGAAUACUUUCAACAUGCAUCAUUCCUUUUUCCACUCUGAGGAAAUCAUAGAUUUCUUGCACAGUUCUCAACACCCCCUCCCCUCCCCCUCAGAUAGCACAGUUCACACACACACAGGUUCCUGAUUAGUGAGGGGGAGCAGGAAGGAUGCACUUUUCAAAAGUAUCAUGUCAACUGAAAUGGCACCACACCACUCCUGUCAACUGAAAUGGCACCACACCACUCCUGUCAACUGAAAUGGCACCACACCACUCCUGUCAACUGAAAUGGCACCACACCACUCCUGUCAACUGAAAUGGCACCACACCACUCCUGUCAACUGAAAUGGCACCACACCACUCCUGUCAACUGAAAUGGCACCACACCACUCCUGUCAACUGAAAACUGCCCAAAAAGUCAUCAAAAGCUGUAUUUCCGUUGUCGUCAUAACUACUAUGUAGAUCAGUGGUCCAUCUGUUCAAAGACAAAGAAACAAAGCGAUCAAAGACUAUUGGAAGGUCUACUGACCAAUAGGAGAUGAGUGUGGCUUGUUCUGACUGUAUUCCCUGGAAGUCACACACUGUUUUCCUGCCUGUUUUCCUGCCGUUUCCACUCCUGGGACUUUCCCCAUCGGUUCCAUGGUACCGGGCCAACUAGGUCAAAUGCAGCUAAUAUAUUUGACAUUUAUUUUUAAAGAAAAUAAAAUACUUGAAAAUAA